AUGGUUUCUCCAGAAUCAAAACGCAAUGAAUCAUCAGUCGACCUGGAAAAGGCUGACUCGUCCAUUGGUGAUUCGGACCUGAUACGGCGUAUUUCUACCGAACAUCUAGAUGACACCGCACACGCCACUGACCUUGCAGAGAAGCCCCAGUUCCAUCGUGACGAUGACCCUGAAUUGCAGGAUGUUGAGGUUCUCGGCGAAGCGGCAGGGCUGGGGAGCGGGAUUGCUAGCAGGGUGUCGACACGGAACAGUCAAGCGACACUCGCGCCGCCGGACGGAGGACUGAUGGCUUGGUCUAUGUGUCUCUGCGCACAUGUCGUCAUCGCCAACACCUGGGGAGUCAUCAACUCCUUCGGCAUAUUUCAAGCCUACUACACAGACUUUCUCGGCAUCUCUCCGUCGGCAAUAUCGUGGAUCGGCGCCGUGCAGAACUUCCUCGGCUACGCUCUGGCCAUGUUCAGCGGCCGCAUGAGCGACGCUGGGUACUUCCGCCUGACCCUCCUGAUCGGAUCAGUGCUCCUGGUCUUGGGCGGGAUCACCAUGUCCUUCUCCCACACUUACUGGCAGUUGAUGGUGACGCAGGGCGUGCUCAUGGGAUUGGGCGCUGGCUUCCUCUGCUGCCCCAUCAUGUCGGUCACGUCGACAUAUUUCUCCUCCAAGAGAACCAUCGCCGUCGCACUUGUGACCUGUGGAAACGUGACUGGCGGCCUUAUAUAUCCGGUCAUGGCGCGGCAACUUCUCCCCAGCGUCGGCUUCGGCUGGUCCAUCCGGGCUAUCACCUUUAUGCAGGCGGCGAGCCUGUGCAUUGUGCUCCUCGUCGCCCGAGCAAGAGUCAAACCCGACACCACCGCACCCAUGGUCGACUUCUCAGCCUUGAAGGAGUCAGAGUUUAGCUUCUACACCUUUGGCAUGUUCUUUGCUUUCUCGGGGCUCUACGUCAGCCUUUACUACUUCUCGCAGUACAGCCGCACCGCCGUACACCCGAACCUCUCGUACCAAGACUCGCUCAACCUCAUCCUGAUCUUCAACGGGCUCAGCCUCGUCGGCCGCCUGAUCCCAAGCUACCUGGCCGACCGCGUCGGCGCCGUCAACAUCAUGGCGCCCACCGUCUUCGCGAUAUGCGCCCUCACGUUCGGCUGGAUCGGCGUGCGGACGACCGCGGGCAUCUACUCGUGGAUCGUGGUCGACGCCAUGGUCUGCGGGUCGCAGAUGGGCCUCUUCCCGGGCGGGAUCGCGUCGCUGACCACCGACCUGCGCAAGAUUGGCGUCCGGAUGGGCACGGCCUUUGCCGUCUGCGCAUUCUCGGUGCUCGUGGGCCCGCCGGUCGCCGGGGCCAUCCUCUCGAGCAUGGCGGGGCGGUAUGUCGGCGUGCAGGCGUACAGCGGUGCGUUGCUGUUUGUAGGCGGCUGCUUCGUGUCGGGGGCCAAGAUUGCGAGGACCGAGUCAAGCGAGGAUCAGAACAGUUGA